AUGGCUGUGCGCACUGGAGCAGAUGAGCCGCCUCCCUUGGAUGAGGACGAGGAUUCUGAAGACGACGAUGCCCGACCUCUGGUCCCCGGACCUCCGGUCCCUGGACCUCCGAACGAUGCCCGAGCAGCACUCCACCAAGCCGGUCUCCACAGAGGACAGGAGCUCAUCGACCUUGUGGUAUUUAUCCUGUCUAUGUGGUCAGUUGCAAGAUGUGGUGAUCUUUUGGAAGGAGUUCUUCAAAUGGAGUGUCAUGAUCGUUACUUCAUGAUAGCUGUUGAUCUCGCCGUCACUGGAGAAGAUCCUCACUUUGAGGCUGUUGACAGGACAGGUGUGUACGCCCUCACUGCACCAUAUGCAGCAGCGUGUGGCUACACCCUCAGCGUUCUGACUUUCCUGGGCCUUGUGGAGCUCAGAGCCUCUUACUUCAGCUGUCACACAGAAAAGGAAGAUGAUGGGUACACAUUCAGUUUUAACCUGAUCACAACCCUUAAUGGGGAGGACACCCGCUUUGGAUUGAACAGGACCUGUUUUCCCCAACUCCCCUGGUCUCCCAGGGAGGUUUCUUGUGAGGUCAACUACAUGGAAGUUUCUGUGCAGGGUGAAGUUGGGUGCUUUGCAGGGAUGAGUGACUGGAACCUUCUCAGACCUAUGAGCAGCUCCUCCUCAGACUGGCAGGUGAUCUUUCAAAAACCAGAUGAGCAGGUGUUGCCCAUGAACUUGUCUAAGGCUUAUGAGCAGGGUUACAUUUUUGACAUGAAGCAUGAGCGGAUCGUAUUUCGUACACCGUAUGGACAACCUGACUCGUACAGUACUGAGGUGAAUGGUGUUCCAGUAGAGGUGGUCCAUGCCAGUGUGUUCUCCAGACAAAGCUGGGUUGUCCUCAUGGUUGAUCUAGUGGCUGCUUGCUCUACAUAUGAAGCUUCACACGAUGGUGGCUACAUGACAUGGGAGACCCCAGAAGCUCUGUAUCCCAGUCUUGGUGGCUCACAGAUCAGUGUGGGACUAAAUGGUGACAUUGUGGAGCAGGCAGCUACAGAGCAGAGAGGCUUCAUCAUGAAGAAACACAACACCACAAUCCACAUUGGUAUCCCAUAUAAUGCUGAGGGAGGGUACAAGAAGAGCUUUGUGAAGGGUGCCAUCUUCGAGUUCUACAUCUUCCAUUUCUACUUCAAGCAAGUGUUGAUAGAUGAAGAUUACAAAGAGACCGUUAUCAGAUGUCACAGGAUUGUGGUUACUCCGCUACUGCCCUGUGAGCUUGUCAUUGAAGACAAAACCAUCCUGGAAGAGGGAAUUUUCACCAUCUACCUUGGGCAUAUCCCUGUAGAUGUGGCGUUGACCUCAGUCCAGUUGAAUGGGAAUGACUUUAGUGUGCCCUUCAGCAAUGAAAGCAUCGUCCUCACAGAAGCAGCUGAACCAAACAACACCCACAGCUACACUCUGAAGGUGCCCUUUGACGACCCAGUUGUCGUACAGGAGUUCUCCAGGGAACAUGCAGCUAUGUUGCACAAGCUGGACAUCAACUACACGCUGACUGUGCCUGGAAGUGAAUCUUACUACCACACAGCAUCAUCUGUGGCACUACUGGAUGUCUAAUCUUACUUUGGAGAGCUUCCUUGGCACAUUUGAGAUCCUUAUGAGGGAUGGAGAGACAUCAGCGAUCCAGGCAUCCAGUGUCAAGACAUGUUCUUUCCCAUCCAGAGAAUUCAUCA